CUGCGGUCUAACCCAUUGGGCUGCGCAGACUCAUCCCUCCUCGCUUCAAUCCGCCUGUGCGCUAAAUCGACAGACGUUCACUGGAGUAAACGUCUCAGAGAGGACGAGUGCAAAAAAACAAACCGCUACCUAGGCUCUGUGUCUGAUUGAACUAUGAUAGCAGAUUGUCAGCUCAUUUAGUAGACGCGCUCAGGCAAUAGGGAAUCGUACACUAACGAUAGAGACUCGUAGCUCUGUAUUGUUGUUGUUGUUGUUUUUUAAUCCCGGGAUAAACUUCGUCAUGACGUCGCGCGAGGACACACAGGAGCAGAGUCGGCGCUUCUGCGUCUUGUCGUGGGAGCAGGUGCAGCGUUUGGACUCCAUCCUCGGGGAAAGUGUUCCCAUCCACGGCCGCGGCAAUUUCCCAACCCUCUCCAUUUCCCCACGCCAGAUCGUGCAGGUGGUAAGGGCCAGACUGGGGGAUCGAGGUGUGGCAGUCCGUGAUGUGAAGCUUAAUGGUUCUGCUGCAAGCUACGUCCUUUACAAGGACACAGGCUUAGGCUACAAGGACCUGGAUCUGAUCUUUGGCCUAAGUUUGAGUGAUGACAGGACGUUUGAUGUGGUAAAGGAAGUGGUUCUGGCCAGCCUGCUGGACUUCCUGCCAGCUGGAGUGAACCACGAGCGCCUCAGCGCCCUUGCCCUCAAAGAGGCAUAUGUGCAGAAGCUGGUUAAAGUGCGCACUGACACAGAUUGCUGGAGCCUCAUCUCUCUUUCCAACAAUACAGGCAAGAAUGUAGAGUUAAAGUUUGUUGACAAACUUCGGCGCCAGUUUGAGUUCAGCGUUGACUCGUUUCAAAUCGGUCUUGACUCGCUGCUGCUGUUUGACCGGUGCUCUGAGGCACCCAUGUCUGAGAGCUUUCACCCAACUGUGCUUGGCGAGAGCAUGUACGGUGACUUUGAGGAAGCUCUGGAACACCUGCGGUCCAAGACUAUUGCUACACACAGUCCUGAGGAGAUCCGUGGCGGUGGUUUGCUGAAAUACUGCCACCUGCUGGUGCGUGGAUUCCGGCCAGCGUCAGAGGAGCACAUGAAAACGCUACAACGCUACAUGUGCUCGCGCUUCUUCAUUGACUUCCCAGAUGUGGGUGAGCAACGACGAAAACUUGAGGCAUACCUUCAGAACCACUUUACUGGCAUGGAACACAAACGCUACAAGUGCCUGGUGACUUUACGGAAUGUUGUAGAUGAAAGCACCGUAUGCCUAAUGGGUCAUGAGCGGCGACAGACCCUGGCACUCAUCUCGGCACUGGCGCUGCGCACGCUCACCGAACAAAAUGCCAUCCCCGCUCUCUCUAACGUUACCUGCUACUACCAACCGGCACCGUAUGUUCAUGACGGGAACUUUAGCAAUUACUACGUGGCUCAUGUGCACUCUCCUGCAAAUAUUUAUCGGACAUGGCUACCCUGCAGCUGAGUCACAAGAACAGGCAGAUGGCGAGAUGAUGAAAAAGAUGGCUUCAAAAUGCAUUCCAUUUCUUAGCAGUUUGUAAGAGUAUAUCCCUUUCCAUACACAUCAUUCUUUGUUGAUGAGAAGAAGAAGAAAAAAAGCAAAAAAUAAUUGUGAUUAUAUCUUUUCUUUUAACUAAUGUUUUGUGUACUGUCACCCACCUCCACCAAAAUACUGAACACUGCUGUAACUGUAAAACUUGUUUGAGCCAUUCUGUGUUGUUGUUAACUGUACAAGUUGAGAUUUUAUGAAAACAUAUGUGUAAAAACAAUGAGGAAAGUGAGAGGAAGAAAAUUUUGAAGCAGUUCGCUACCUUGCUUUUUCAGAUGUAAUUCAUUUUGUGGAUAUACAAGACAUGUAUAUAGUUUUUUGUGUAUGUAUAUAUAAUAAAUGUUUAUAACUUUAAAAAAAAACCCAACAACCUCCCAACCAUUCAGCAGAAGAAAAGAAAUCUGACAAGAUUUUAAAAGAGUGUGCAGAAGGCUAAUGUUCAGGUCUGACUGUGGUUUUCAAACUUCCUUCUUAUUUGAGCUUGUGACAACCAAAGAUUUUAUUUUUUAAGCUCCCUGUAUUGAAUUGUUAUAUCUGUGAUUCAAAGUGCCUGAAACUGACUACAAAACAUGAAAGUAUGCAUCAGUUUCAUCCUUUGGGAUAUUGUAAAUUGUAUUUGUAUUUUUCAGCAUCAGGGCAUUUUCUUAUUAAAUCAAAUAAAAACAGAAUUGAAAUGUUUACCGUUUUUAGUGUAUUUUUAUUGUUGUAGAUAUUUUCUAUAUGUGCAUUUAGGUGACCUUUUCUUUAAUAAUUAUCUCAAUCCAUCCAUCUUUCCCCUUCUUUUUCUUCAUCUCUGUCUUUCUGAUGAGCAGCGGUGGAAUUGGUUCAUAUACACUCCCCUCUGAAAGUAUUGGAACAGCAAAGCCAAUUGUAUUAUUUUCACUGUACACUGAAGACAUUUGGGUUUGAGAUCAAAAUAUGAAUAUGAGAUGAUAAUUAAGUAAAUUAAAUUAAACAACACUUAAUAUUUGGAGAUAUAUAUGAGCAAUAUUAUGUUUACUUCUUGGGUCUAUUGUUGGCUUUUUGUUCUAAAUGCACGUUUCAAGGCAUCUGGUGCACAAUAUACUGCUUCGAAGAAUAUUGUGUCAAUGAGUGAUGUGGAAACAUCUACUCUCACUGGAAUUGUAAUUAACAUCGACAGCCAAAACAACUGAUAGAAAUAGCACAGCUUGCCAUGGAAAACUGAUUAAAACAGGCAUAUUUCUCACAGAUUUCCCACUUGUGUUCAUUUGAGAGGCCUGUCAUUUGUGUCAUGGUUAAGACAGAUAUGCGUAUGCAGCACGGAACCAAAAUACUAAACCAAAAAAAUGUACUAAAUAGCACUUGCUAUUCCAUUACAAAUGAUAGCUUUUUUCAUAUGGGAAAAUAGGUUCAGAAAGUAAACAGUGACUAGUCUACAAUAAGGAAAAAGAGCACCCUCUUGAGAUGCAUGCUAUAGUGGAAACCAAAUGGAAAGCCAUCUGGGCUGGUGAGUAGAACUGUUUCCACACACACGUCUGCUCAGUACCGAGAAAAAGGGAAAAAACAUCCCACUGAAGAAUGAUUUUGGUCUUUGGAUUCCCGCUUAGUAAAACAUUAAUUCAUACAUACACACAAACUUUAUGCUUCUGAUGAGUCAUUUCUAUUGCCCUUGACUCCCAGCACAGAGGCUUGUAAUUUCAUUUCUUAGCAUUUUUGUCAUACGAGUCAUAUUGCUUGGACAGAGGUCUAGUAUGUGCCACUGUGUGUACUGCUCUGCAAACAAAGUCCAUUUAAAUUCAUGUUUGCUUGUGUGGAAAGCCUUACCUUUUCUCUUGGCUAAGAAUAACUACUCCAGUUAUGCUUCCCAGAUGUACACUGCAAGUAGGACAAUGAAUAAACUAUUCCUGGUGACACUUUGCACGCUCUUGACAUGUUCUCGACUAGCUUUAUGAGGGAGUAUAUAAUUUAUAAGCAUUUAUUACAUUUUCUUUAAUACAAUGAAACUAACAUUCAAUAAAAUAUGUCCAAAAUUUAUCUGGUAGUGUAACAAGACUGCACUUACUCAUUUCUUGCUCUCAAGUUUGCAAGCAUCUUCAAGUUUGCUAGUGGUUAUGAAUGGAAGUAAAUAUACACAGUAUAUUAUAAACAUAAACGUCUACAGAAUUAGCAGGUUCAACUAAUUACACUAAGUCAAUCCUUUUAAUAUUGUUAAUAUUGUUUUGUUGAUUAACAAAAUCCUGAUGUCUUUUUGAAUAGUUUAUAUGCUUGUUUGCAAGCACAUCACUUUUUGACCAUUUCACUACCCUUAUCUCAUCCCACUCUAAGAUGUUUUACAAAGGUUAGAAACAUUUAUGUUAAUAAAUGCAUUGAAAAUCAGACAACCAAAGAAGACAAAAUUGCCAGAGGGAAUUCCAGUACUGAAUUCAGAAACAUUCCCAAAAUAUGAACUGAAGCGCUUUUUGUAUUGAAAAUGUCAUGAAAUGGGAAGCUUAUUCAUAAAACCAGAUGCUAUUGAACUGAUUAGGUAGGAGAACACACACACACACACACACACACACACACACACACACACACACACACACACACACACACACACACACACACACAUACAGUGCAUCCAGAAAGUAUUCACAGCGCUUCACUUUUUCCACAAUUUGUUAUGUUACAGCCUUAUUCCAAAAUGGAUUAAAUUCAUUAUUUUCCUCAAAAUUCUACAAACAAUACCCCAUAAUGACAACAUGAAAGAAGUUUGUUUGAAAUCUUUGCAAAUUUAUUAAAAAUAAAAAGCAAAAAAGCACAUGUACAUAAGUAUUCACAGCCUAUAUAUAUAAGGGCACAUGGUGGCUCUGGUGGAACCAUGGUGGAACAGGGUUCGAGUCCCGCUGUUGCCAUGUGUGUGCGGAGUUCGCAUGUUCUCCCCGUGCUGCGGGGGUUUCCUCUGGGUACUCCGGUUUCCUCCCCCAGUCCAAAGACAUGCAGGGUAGGCUGAUUGGCAUGUCCAAAGUGUCCGUAGUGUAUGAAUGAGUGUGUGUGUGAUUGUGCCCUGCGAUGGACUGGCACCCUGUCCAAGGUGUACCCUGCCUUGUGCCCGAUGCUCCCUGGGAUAGGCUCCAGGCUCCCCGUGACCCUGAAAAGGAGUAAGCGGUAGAAAAUGGAUGGAUGGAUGGAUCAGAUUACAUUACUUUCAUAUUGUGAUACUUGGAUUACAUUACUGAAUUUUUUUUUUUUAUGAAGUCAUUUGUAACUGUAAUGGAAUACAUUUUUAAAGUAACCCUCCCAACCCUGAGAGUUGAGAGAGAGAGAGAGAGAGAGAGAGAGAGAGAGGUCGGGGAUCUGUGUAACAAUGCCAGCAAUGAUCCCUCUUAACUGUUGCACACAAUAGGAAGGGGAUUUUUACAAUCCUAAUCUUUUUAUUUUUUUGGGGCUGCACUUUGUAGACACACUGCUCGCUUAGCUUUGUUCCAGUAGUUAGACAGUGUCAAAUAAUUUUUUAUUUAUAAACAGAUACACUUUACAUGGAUAAUACAAUGUGAUUCUGAUACAUUCUUGUUUAACGGGGCUCUUUGAAUCACAAUGUUAACAACUGUAGCAUUUUUGCAUGGAGCAUGUGCAUAACAAUGUCAUAAGCUUUGUAGUUCCCUUGAACCCAAUCUGGGAUCAUAUGACGGCCCAACCUUGCUUAGAUGUACUUGAGAUGUACUGUUAGUUAUUGAUAUUAAAAGUCAUUAUUAAUAUUAAUGCUUGUUCACUCUAGAUAUUUCUGAACUAUAUAUUUCUGUCUUUAUGUUUACUUAUUUCCAUAGGCCCAUUGCAUUCUUUUCCCAACCAGUAUUCAGUACUGGACAUAUCCGUUUAGUUGUACUUGGUUUACAUCUGUGAAGAUAUGAUUGGUCCAGCACAUGCUAUUGUUAUGGAUAUAAUGAUAUCCAUUACUAGCAGAUUCUCCUGGCAUAUGAAUCAGACUAUAUGUCUCUUUAGAGCAGCCACCAGAAUUUUUCAGCAUUUCAGCAAACCCAUGAGGCAGUAACUGUAUUUUGAUCACAGUGCAUUUUGGAUGUGAAUAGGCAGUAUAUGAAUACUGUAUUGUAAAUAAAACCCAUAUAAUCACUACCUUUGCAGAAUCACUAAAUAUUUUAUAUUUCAGUAUUUUAUAACCUUGUGAAGCUGAAAUGUCAUACAAGGGCAUUAUGCGAUUAUAAAUCUUUAGGGUCAGGAUAUGCUGAGUCAGACCUGUCUUCAGGCUCUAGUAAUGUCUCCUGGAGGUUCUCUGCAUUAGGUUUACCCAAUAUAAUACCUCCUGCUACCAACCCCACAUCAAGAAUACAGAGAGAGAGUGGAGCACUCACACCCUGAAUCAGUUUGGGCUAAGUGAGCAACAAACAAAUUUAGAUGUUGUGAAAUGUGUAGAUUUUGUCACUGCUGUAUUUUAAUUGAGAAUUAUACUAUGCAUACUAGUGAUUCUAGAAUCACACCCUAUGUGUGGAUAUAUAAACCACUUAGUUAAAGGUUCAGGAAAUCUGGCACUUAAUUGCUUAUGCUAAAGAGAGCCAUUACAAAAGUGUACAUGCCUUGGUGUGAGCAUAUUACUUUCAAACUCUCCCUUUUGCUGUAUGAAUUGUUAACCAGAAGAUGUAUGUACUUUCUACAUAAGCAGAAGCACUAUGUAUAUAUUAUCAUUGCAUAACCUUAAGCAUUGCAUAAAUGGUGACAAAAUGAGGAUGUUUUCUGUGUUCCUCUUUUUUUAAUAAUAAAUGUCAUUCUCUGCUAAAAUGUUCACUCUCUUCUGAAUCUCUAUCACUCUGUCACUUCCUCUAUUUCUGAAUAUAAAGAUCCCUUUUUAAUGUUUUAAAAUGCUCGUUACUUAUUUAGCUGUGGUUCUAUGAACUCUGUAUAAAACAUCCAGGGCUGGUGAAAAUCACCUGGAUACUUUCUUGUUUUAAAGGGAUUGGUUGUAAAGCCCAUCAGAUUAGGUGUAAAGGGAACCACUCAUGUAUUUCUGCCAUGACAGAACAGAUGGUCUGAGGAUUGGAUGGCCACCAUCCAGUUUAAAUAGCGCAAUAUGGCAAUUUUGGGGCACAGCAAUGAAUGUCCUUCAGAUUUGUCCUCAUUUAACACUGCAAAUUCAAACUGAAUUGGGUGAUAGGACUUUGGGCAGGACUGCUGGGUUCAACCACAAGGUCACCGCAGAGUCCACCAACACAUGCAAGGCAAGCUUACAGCCAGGAGAUGCAGUUCUUAAGGAACUUCAGCACAUCAUGCUAAGCAGUUAGGGAAAUAUGGUAGAUAGACACCUCAUCCCUUUCAGAAAGUCUGUAAUAAGUUUAUGAGCCCCAGAGAGAUGGCAUCCAUGGUGCAGUGGUGUCCUGCAAUAGCUGCUAGAGAUCUUCUUCGAGAAGAAGCCACCAGGGUUUUCUGAUCACCAGCAAAAGCAGUAGUGAAAACCAAGUUAUUGCCAGUUCUUUUGAGCUGAGUAGAGAAGGAAAAGUGUGAGGUCAGUUAAGGGCUAGUGCAUCCUGUCCAGCUGUCUGGCUAUCAACACACAAUCAACAACAUGUUGACUUGGCAUUGCCUUUGCCAAACCAUUCACAGGUCUGGAAUAACAGUUCUCGGUGCAGACACCACACCUAUUGGCAUGCACACUACCUUAACGGAGCAGAUGGGUCCACCUGAGGAGAUUCCAUUCAAAAUGGAGAAAUGUGCUUGACCGUUUACUGCCCUAAUGGUUGCUGUAACUGACAACGUCUGCACAAAACAACAUGUUCCAACAUAUGGUGAUGUCUCAGGCCUGGUAGGAAGAACAUGAGGGCCAGAUGGACUGCCGUCAAUUACAGCUGUUCGAUGUGAUCUUAGGCCAUAAGACCACAUGCCCACGUGUCCCUGUGGCACCAAAUUGCUUCCCAGUCUGUAAUGAAGUCUCUAUGGUGACUACCUCUCUGCACUGGGGUACCACAUUCAAGCACACUGCUUCAGUUAGAUAACCCUUGCAUCUCAAGCAAGUUAGAGCUCUUAGAUAUGUUUUUGGGUAGAGAGGAAAAACUACACAGUGCAGUUUCAUAAAGGACCUAGUGAACAGUGAGUGAUAGCUAAUAAGGCUAACAAUGCUAAACAGGGAAGGCUAGCUCAAAGCUAUAAGGUGCCACAGAGUUUCAUAGCAUUCUCCAAUAAAAGCAUGCCUUGAAAGUAUAAAAAUACAUUCUAUGAAAUCUGUAACUCCAACUAGCUUCAAUAAAGUGCCAAGCAGAUAACACAUAUAGUGUAUAUGUGGUUACGGAAUGUGUAAGAGGUGAGAAGAAAAAAAGAUAACUGUGUGCUGGUAUAAAUGAGCUAGCAGGGCUAAUCCCCCUUUCUUUUAAAGAUAAAACGACAUCAGUAUAGGGUUUCAUUUUUGUAAUCCACAAAAGACUUUUAUAGAACCAAGAACAACGUCACCACCAAUGGUCAUAAGAAAAAAUACACAGAAUGAUGAAGAAGAAUGAAGGAGACUCGGUCAGGCUAAUUCUAACAAGCCCACUGCAGUAGGAUGAUCCAGCCUAUCAGAGACAUUCAUGUUAGGUGAUUACAGGUGAAACACUUCCUAUAUUUGAUAUUUGGAGGAAACAGCAUUAACACGGUAGGGCAUUAGGGACCAGAAACAAUUUGUUUAUAAUUAAAUUACACAUGCCUUAAUGUGUAGGUGUGUCUGUGUAUACUACUUUGCUCCAAUAUCCAUAUUAUGCCACAGAUGAGACCUUAUAGUUUCAAUGUUAGAAUUUAGCCCUCCCAGCUAAUAUCAGCUGUCACUGGGUGCAGGACAUCUUACUCUAAAUACUGUCAUUUGUGUUUGGAGACAAUUGAUGCCUAGGAGGAUCACAAAAGGGAAAAUGGAUAUUAAGUCACAAGGUCUGAUUGAAUGAUACUCAUUUCUAAAGAGCUGCUUCCAUAGUGAAGGCAUUACACCUGUGUGUCACUUAAUAGAGGUUGAGAACGGAUGCAAGUGCAGAUAAGGGCUUUAUUAGAGUAGAGACAGGCAGACAAAUCCAAAACGUGAGACAAUAGCAUGGUCAAGAACAUGCAAUAGGUCAGGCGAUCUGCACAUGGGCAUAAACGAGGCAAAACUAGAAUCAAAUAAUGAGGACGAUAACAGGAUCAAAACUAUGGCACAGAAACAAAGAAUAUUGGCUUGGUAUUUGGGAAAACUCAUGCAAUACUUUGUCCUGAACAUUUGGUAUUUAAACACACAAGGGGUUUAAAUACCAAACGUAAUAAAGGGUGCACACAAAACAGUUGAGACAAAUGAUGACACAUAAGGGAACAACCAAUGACAAUUCAGAGGCAGAGACAGGACAGAAAUCAUAACAAAUGCACAUGUCAAAAGUAAAGAAAGUCAAUGUCACUGAAACCCGAAAGCACGCGCUUCAAGAUUCAGAGUGCGCUCUCUGCUACAGCGCUAGCGUGAGGGGAAGUCCUUAAACCUUACCAGUUGGCUUCCUGUUUCCUCUCUUCAUUGAUUUCGCUUUAGUCAUAUAGUUUCACUGAUAUGUUUGCAAUAUUUCUUAUGUAACAAACUGCUGCCAAAGGGUCUCCACUGCGUUUAACGGUUCCCAUUACAGAUACACAUAAUCACUUUCCUGCUCCUCACUCCCUCAUCCAGGUUCAACCCAUCCUUCUUCUUCUUCACCUCUUCUGAAAUGGUCAAAUAUGUGCUCUUCCUGGGCACAGGUGAGUUUGUGGAGUGUGUUACUGAUGGCAGUGGGCCUGCACAGAGGCUCCUCAGAUGGUAGAGUGUUUGGUUUAGCAAUGGGUGGCUGCCCUGAGCUCGCUGGUCCAUUGACUUGUUCUCCUUCUCAGGGCAUGCUGGCUCCCGGAUCCUCACACACUGCACUUAUUCCAGCACACAUAGGAGUUUUGGUUAUUGAAAUAUGUUCUCAAAGCAGAACUUGACUGAUCGCCUAACUAACCUGAUCAUGAUAUUUUCUGCCCUGAGAACAGAAAGUCAAUGAGUAAAACCCAUAUUGUGUAUACAGACAGGAUAGAGUUAAGAUUUUAUUUCAGCGAUGGCAGGAAUGCUAGGCUCUGGUUCCUCUCUGGGGGAAAAAGGUAUUUGGAUCUCAGUCAAGGCAAUCAUAAUCAAAUCUGCCAUUUUACGCCCCUAGAGCCCUCUCCAUAUGCUACUGUGCCUAUUUCCCUUCCUCUUACUCCUAUAAAGGAUAGAUUAUUGGGGUGCAAUAAAGAACAGUUGGUGCAUUGGCAGUCCUCUAUUUGGCUACUCCAGGUCCAAGUCCUGUCCCCACAGGCUGACUCUCACAUGCUGGACAUCAGCUCUUAUUCUGGAUGCAAUGAAUGUACUACAGACUUUUAGCUUUUUCUGUUUUAACUUACCUAAUAUAUACUGUGAAUGCAGCAUAUUUAUAGAAGAGCUAAAGAGCAAAUUCAGUAUAGAAAAAGAAUAUUCAAUUUAAUUCAAUUCACUUUGACUAGUGCUUUUAACAAUAUACACUGUCAUAAAGCAGCUUUUCAGGAAUUUGGAUUUAGAUAUACAGUCGCGCUUGAAAGUUUGUGUUUGAAAUGUUCUAUAUUUCUGCAUAAAUGUGACCUAAAACAUCAUCAGAUAUUCACACAAGUCCUAAAACUAAACAAAGAGAAUACAAUUAAACAAAUGAGACAAACAUAUUAUAUUUGGUCAUUUAUUUAUUAAGGAAAAUGUCCCAAUAUUAUGUAUCUGUGAGUGGCAAAAGUAUGUGAACCUCUAGGAUUAAUUUGAAGGUGAAGUUAGGUCAGGUGUUUACAAUCAAAGGGAUGACAAUCAGGUGUGAGUGAGUGUCCUGUUUUAUUUAAAGUACAGGGAUCUCUCAAAGUCUUAUCUUCACAACUCAUGUUUGUGGAAGUGUAUCAUGGCACAAACAAAGGAGAUUUCCGAGGACUUCAGAAAAAGAGUUCUUGAUGCUCAUCAGGCUGGAAAUGGUUACAAAACCAUCUCUAAAGAGUUUUGACUCCAACAAUCAAAAGUCAGACAGAGAGUGUACAAAUGGAGGAAAUUCAAGACCAUUGUUACCCUCCCCAGGAGUGGAGGAAGACGUGUAAUAGUAUGCGAGGUCACAAAGGAGCCAGGGUUAAUUCUAAGCAACUAAGGGCCUCUCUCACAUUGACUAAUGUUAAUGUUAAUGAGGCCACCAUUAGGAGAACACUGCAAGGAGAAAGUCACUGCUCUCCAUAAAGAACAUUGCUGCCCCUCUGCAGUUUGCUAACAGUCACAUGGACAAGCCAGAAGACUAUUGGAAAAAUGUUUUGUGGACGGAUGAGGCCAAAUUAGAAUUUUUGGUUUAAAUGAGAAGCGUUAUGUUUGGAGAAAGGAAAACACUGCAGUACAGCAUAAGAAUCUUAUCCUGUCUGUGAAACAUGGUGGUGGUAGUAUCAUGGUUUGAGCCUAUUUUGCUGCACCUGGGCCAGGACUGCUUGCCAUCAUUGAUUGAACAAUUAAUUCUGAAUUAUACCAGUGAAUUCUAAUGAAAAAUGUCAGGACAUCUGUUCAUGAACUGAAUCUCAAGAGAAAAUGGAUCAUGCAUCAAAACAAUGACCCUAAGAAUAAAGUUAAUGUUUUGAAAUGGCCUUUUGGAAAGUCAAAGUCCUGGCCUUAAUCCAAAGGAAGGACCUGGAGCAAGCAGUUCAUGUAUCCCACAGUUGAAGUGGUUCUGUACUGAGGAAUGGGCUAAAAUUCUUCCAAACUGAUGUGCAGGACUGAUCAACAGUUACUGGAAACAUUUAAUUGCAGUUAUUGCUGCACAAUGUAAUAUUGGAUCAUUUUCCUCAAUAAAUAAAUGUCCAAGUGUAAUAUUCUUGUCUCAUUUAUUUAAUUGGGUUCUCUUUAUCUACUUUUAGGACUUGUGUGAAAAUCUGAUGAUGUUUUAGAUCAUAUUUAUGCAGAAAUACAGAUAAUUCACAAACUUUCAAGCACCACUGUAGAUCCCAAAUGAGCAAGCUAAGGGUGACAGUGGCAAGGAAAAACUCCCCAAGACAACAGAGGCAAGAAACCCUGGGUUGAAACACACUAAAAAAGUAACACGUUCUUUUUUUGGGGGUCACACUGGAUAGUCGGAUUUUAAAAUACAUUUGUGUACAGAAAAGACCAAAAGUACUAAAAGGAUACACAAUGUUCAGUGGAAACAUUUCAUAAAUAGGAGUCAUAAAUAUAAUCACAGCUGCCAUUCUUAUAAAAUGCAAGUCCCUGUGGUAUCCAGAUAUGAUUAUCCACUGAAGCAGGAAAAGUGAGUCAUAUGUGCAGAAGAGGCAGAAGGAACAGGAUCGAUCAGACAGGUCAGGAAGGGGAAAGGAGCCAUAGCAGGAGAAUUGUGUCAUUAUCUGGCACCGGCAUUCACUAACACCAGGAGUGCAUGUACAGCUUGACAGAGAGAAUAUAUUAUUAUGAGUGAUAGGAAUACGUAUGUCUGAAUUCAUUUUAAAUAAUCAUUGCACUGUACAUUGUCGAUUCACUAUUUUGUGAAUGUUUGUACAUAUGUAUAACGUUUGUACAUUGUACACUGAACUUUUAAUUCCAUAUUAAUAUUACACCAGAUAAACGGCAUGCACAUGACCAUGGGUGGUUCCAACACUGUUACCUUUGUGUUGUUUAUGUGAAUGAUUUCUAAGUGUGGAGUGAUUUUAGUUGAAAAUCAAUGUACAUUGUUGGUAAUGGGACUCCAUGCUAAGAAGUGGCAAUAAGAUAAGAUGUGUUUGAGAUUAUACAAGAUGUGUUUGAGAUUAUACGUAUUUGGUCAUCAAACCCAGUGACCCUGCAUUGUGAAAGACUCAGCAAAAGAGACUAUACAAAUCUGAAUUUAAGGAAGGAAAAUUUGCCUCAUGAUGUGUAGUUUUCAGCUUCUUGCAAUACUAGUUGGGCAAAUCAUUGCACUGUAAUCAUCCAAAUCGAUGGGCAAACAACGUGAUCCAAAUCAUCCAAUACAUCCAAAUCGAUGGGCAAAUAACGUGGUCUCAAAACAGACCCUCGUCUAUUUUGGGACCACGUUCUUUGCCCAUCGAUUUGGAUUCAUCUUCCUGCCUCUCUUUAAUAAAAAGCUGAAACUGCACUUGCAUCCAUCUGUUUAUUCAUUACAUGAAAACAAGUGAAAAUAUCUCAAAUAUAGUCAAAUAUAUGUAGUAUUUCCUGUUAUAUGAUUACAAUAAACCAAAUAUUCGAUUAUUAAACCUAUUUCAUUAAAAAAACAAACUAAUUUCAAGCUUGAUCUAAUAGAUAAUAGUGGCAGAUCAUUUCUAAAAAGAAGCAAAAUUAGGCCUAUCUACCAACAGAAUACAAAAAUGUAAAGACUGAAAUUGGUUAAAUAAAUAUCUGAAAAUAGGUUUAAUAAUCUUUUGUUUGGUUUAUUGUGAUCUUAUAAUUGAAAUACUAGAUAAAUUGGACUAUAUUAAAGAUAUGUCCACUUGCAAGAUGUCAUUUUGCUGCAGUUUAGGAUGUCAUGUGCACUCUUAUUGAAGUGCACACUCUGCAUACUAUCCUAAAUGAUUUCUCUGUGCACUUUGUAAGAAGAAAAAAAGGAAGAAGAAAAAGAGAUGUGUGCCAUGUGAUGAAACAAAAGAAUAAAGCUAAGUCAGCUAAGUGUGAAUUGCUGAUUACGGUGCUCUUCCAUUGAAAUAGACCAUUUGUUCAAGAACUUCAAAACUAAAAAUCAGAUCCACUGUGACAAAGAUAAAAGGGUUAAUGAAGAUGAUAAUGAAAAUCUAUUAUUUUCCUCUGGUCUAUUAUUUUAGCCAAUAAAUCAAAUCUGUAAUAAAAACUGUAUUAUAUCCAGUGCCACUGUCUGACAAUUUGUUGUAACCAAAGGCAUAUCCAGUGAAUUUAUAUGAACUUGGUCAUUCAGGUGGUCAAAUAAAGUAAUUUCCCAAAACAGGAAAAAACAGGGAUAAUCUAUGGGGUAAUCAUUCAAGCACUGCAAAAACAAAACAUAUUAGCAAGUGAAAAUAUAUUAUUUCUUAUUAUGAGAUGCAUUUAAGACAAAUAUAAUAUUAUUCAGUAUGUUUUUAUAUGCUCUUACAGUAAGCAAUUGAAACAUUACAUUUUCUUAUUCUAUUUCACAAGUAAUUUUGUUUCUUUCCAGAAAUAAAUGCCUAAAAUUAGCAAGACUAUCUUCCAAUAGAAGAAAACUAUUUCAAGCUUAGAAUUAGUAGAAAUGUCUAGAAAAAGGUUUAAUAAUCAUAUAUUUGGUUUCCUCUAAUACUACAUAAAUAAUUUCACUUGCUAAGAUACCAUUUUUUUGCAGUGUAAGAACCCAUAUCUAUACAAAGAAGCAAUGAAUUAACUUAUUUUUCUGAGAGUGUACAACAGGAGAGCAUUUAUGAGACCAUUUUUUUCAGACUUACAUGUAUUAACAUUUGUAUUCUUAUCAAGCAAAAAAGGGGAAAAAUCUAUAUUUACAUUUUAAUUAGUAACACAGUGAAUGAAAAGUGUUUAGGACUUCAUUAUGGCUUACAAGGCAAUAAUGUGAUGUUAAGAAAAUUUAAAGUAGUGAGAAAUCUAAUGUAUAACAUUCUGAAUAUAAAAAUUGUUUGACUAUAAAAGAAAUUCCCAUUUUGUAAUAAACCAGUUCUGUUAAAGGCCAACGUUCAGAUUAGAGUUGCUAUUGCGAAUUUCCAGAGUUGGAGAACAUCUUUAUGUUUAACUUAUUUCUGAAUAAAUGAAAUGAAUAAAAAUGUUACGGAAUGAUAAAUUCUUAUAGUUUAUCAUAGUUGUAAAAGGUAGGAAAAGAAUAAUGUUUAAAGAGGCAAAUAAGUAGCAGGAGCAAAUCAAGAGUCAAUGCAGACUAGUUUCAGCAUUUCUUAUUUUCAUGGCUUUUGGAGGAAAAUGGCAUGCCUUUUUAUAGCACAAUGACUGGGUGGGGUCACUGAGUCCAUGUGGCUGACAGAAUUUACUUUGUGUGGCGUCCAUCCAGUCCAGAGAAAAGGAGUAGGAAGAAGAGAGAGAGAGUGGGAGAGAAGAACCUUCAUAGUAAUUUGCUACUGAUCGGCAGACAGUACUUCCUAAUCUUGUCACAUUUUAAGUGAAAUAGGUCUGCUCAAAUAGGAAGCCAGAAAUGUUAGGAAUGAAUGUAUCUCCUCACACAGUUCUGAAAAAGGUUGGCUUCAGGAAAUAACUGAGUGAUAACAAAAUGAAACGUAUUGAACGCAGAACAACAAAACCCUAAAACACAGACUCUAAGUCCCAAUGUCCUAACUAUGUCAAACACUAAACAAAGGACAGACUGUGUAUGUGUGUGUAUGUGUGCAUGCAAGUGUUUGUAUGGGUAUUUGGAUAUAUGCAUCACAAAGCAGACAGGUUUAUGAGUAACCUGUCAUGCUAACAGUCUGCAUGCCUUCAAAAUCCUAACAGCUUGUUGUGAGUCAGUGCUGUUCAUCAUCCAGCCUUAAGGUGCACGCUGACUGGCUGAGGCACGGAUGUUGUGAUGAGAUGUUAAUAAUGCCCCAUCAACAUUGAUGACAUUAUUGAGUAAUGAUUAUUUAUCUGUUUCUUUCUUUCUUUAUUUUUAUAGUAAACUACAAUCAUGAUAUGCCCCCAAGUAUGCAUGCUCUUGUUACUUGGAAGUAUGAAGGUAGACACCUAUGUGAGCAUCCACUCCUGAUAUUAGAAUUAUAAACCAGGUGUGUGUGUGUCCGUGUACACGUGUCUACUUGGUGGACUUGGUCAGAAGAGUGUAGAGGACAUUAAUGAAUAUUUGCCCUGAGCUUAUGAUGUGCAUGUCUCACUUUACUAAGU